CUAUAAAUAGGUAGAGAGAAGGAAAAGGUAAACUAGGGCUAAGUUCCUGCGAAUCGUUGAAAUCCCUUUCGCCCCCAAAAAUCAAAAUCCAGCUGCUGCGCUCGAUUCUCCAUCACCACCAUGACUGGAAAAGCCAAGCCGAAGAAGCACACCGCCAAGGAACUCGCUGCGAAACUCGACGCCGCCACCACCAACCGCGGCGGCGGCAAGGCCGGCCUCGCCGAUCGCACGGGCAAAGAGAAAGGCGGCCACGCCAAGCUGGAGUGCCCCCUCUGCAAGGUCACCGCCCCCGACAUCAAGUCUAUGCAGAUCCACCACGAUGCUCGCCAUCCCAAGAUCCCCUUCGACGAUUCCAAGCUCAAUAAUCUCCACUCCACCGUCGUUGCCGACACCUCCAAGCCUAAGCCCGGCAUCCGUGGCAGCUUGAAGAAUACUGGGUCGUAGGUUACUGUGGGGUGUGGGUUUACGAGCUAUGUGAAUGAGGUGGUAUGUGUGAUAAAAGAGCUCGUGAAGUGCCAUUUGAGGAAGAUGAGGUGAUUGUAUGAACCUGGUAUUUAGUUCUAGUUUGUAUUUGUGUAUUAUAAAGAGCGGAGAAUUAUGGAGCCUCGGAGCUAGUUGUGGAUGCUGAAGGGGGAUGUGGGUGAAGAAUGAAGGUACUGAGAUGGUUGUUGAAGAUGGGGCUAAAGCAAAUAGAAAACGAGGUAGCUUCCAUGGUAAUGCGCUUUUUCAUGUGAUUGUAAGAUUAAAACUUGUUUUAAUCAUCGCCAACAUGUUUAAGAGAAUGAAUGAUUUUUUCUGCUUUUCUCCUAAAAAACUGUUGUUGCCUUUCUUCUUCAAAUUGUUGGUAAUAAAAUCGUUGCUUUGAUUUCGUA